UGAUUAUAAAAACAUUUUAUGUUGAUUUCAACAAGUGGCAGGAUCAAAUAAUAAUCAUCUUUAAUCGUAUUGGCAACACAAAAAAAACGGGGAAAAAUUAGCGUCUUUAGUUCUCAAAUUUGUAUUUAUUCAAAUGGUGUUGGUUUAAUAACUCUAAAAGGUGAUUUAUGAAAUUUUACACAUGAAUCUGCAGGAAUUGGAGCGCUCAAAUUUUGAGCGCGUCUUGGAAUGGUCGCAAUUUUUUGACAAAUACUCCAAAGUUAGAGACAGUGAAGAAAUUCUUCUUGAAAAUUUGGAAGAUCACAUUGACCAAGAUGUUACUGGUGAAUUUGAAGAAGCGGAAGAAGAACCUGAAGAAAAUUUGCAAGAUAUUGCAAAUCUCAGUGGUUCGUCUUGUAACAAUACAAUAGCUAAUAUAAACAGGUUUAUAGCGUUGAAUCCUAACUUACCGCUUGAACCCAUAAAUAGAAAAGUAGGCAACGGCAGUUACGAUAUUGAUAGCGACGAUGAUGACAUACAAAAGUUGUUGAAUGAAACUGUACCUAUUGUAAUAGAACAUAAGCGUAGAUUGAAAGAAUCUGGUAUUGAUCGCAUUCUUGAUACAUUUGAUGCACAAAAAAUUGAAAAAGAAUUGGAUAAAUGGCUACUUCGCAAUCAUAAUGCAAACAAUUCACUUAUAAAUAAAACCGAUGACUUGAAAUAUACUGCACCGUAUACAACUGGUUUUAAUGACCACAAAUUCAAUGAAAGCUAUGAAUCUGAUGAAGACUCAAUGCAUUCGGUAGAUACAGCGCGUUAUAUUUUAUCGAACCAAAAGCGACAUGGCGGUAAAAAGCAAAAAUUCGGUUCUAUGUGCACAACAACAACAACAAUUAAAACAUAUUGUUUAUUGAAAAGUAAACGUGAUGCAUUAAAUAGAAAAUAUAAAACAUAUCCUGAGCAUUAUGAAGAUCAUAUUAAAGACAUACUUGAUCGCCGUUGCUUGUCUCAGAUACGCACAAAACGGAGCGAUAGUAAACAAUUUGGAGUAUGUGCAGAGAGUCAUAAUAUUAUAAAACGACGCAAAUAUUUACGUAAACGGCUUACAGAUCACCAUAAUUCUAUGCACACUGAUUCGACUGAUUCAUCUUCAUCUGAUGGCGAGAUCAAUGGAAAAUAUUUUACAUACAAAGAACUUACGAACAGAAAACGUUCCAUAAAAAGGCAAAAGACCAGUCGUAAGCGCAAUUUUAAUUGUUGUUGCUUGUAUCGCUGCCGUUGUGGACGACAGUGUAAUUUAAGUGCAACAAAUUCAUCAUAUCUCUCAUCGCAUAGUUUUGAAAACAAGCAUAGAGGGCAUAAAAAACCAAAUUCGGAGUUAGAGUUGGAUCCACGACCAUGUAUACGUGAAUCUGAAUGUGAUUGUGUAAAUGAUGGUAAAUUAUGUAAAGCUAUCAGACAUUUGGCUGAUACAUCUACAGAGCGAUGGUUAGUUGACAAUAACGAAACCCCAUUAAAGAGAUCUCAACCAAGUAAUGUUACUGCAAACCUUUUAAAACGUUUAGGAACCCCCAAACAAAGUUCUGCUUGUGAAAUAAGUCAAAAACUUAAAAUAGAAGACGUCCAUAAGAAUAUAGAAAAUUUAAGUGCAACAACUGGAAUACAAGAUAAAUUAACUAAUCGGUUUUCUGUUGAAAAAACUCUGUCUAACCACUUAGGUUUAAACGGACGAUUGCUGAAAAGUGAAACUAAUCAGCGGAGAUGUUCUUCUGAUUUAGAUGAAGAUUGUGUAAUUGUAGACAGUUUUGAAUUAAACAAACAGGAUAUUGCACAAAGUACACAGCAAAACACACUUUCAAUGGAUAAAAAGAAUAUUUCAAAACAAAAUUUAACCGAGAGCAAUAUUAAAGCAAAAAAAAAUUUAACAAAAAUUGAAAAUAAUGUUAAAAUAAAUGAGGUCAAAAAAUCUGAAAAAGAUGAUUUAACACUUCAUGGAAAGAAUAUUCUUUAUCCCGAUUCUGUUGCUAAUUCGACCACUAAAAAAACUAAAGAUUUGGGAGAGAAGAAAAACAAGUCAAAGAAAGAAAAGGUUAAAAAUGAUAAAAUAAACAGCCUAUCUGUCGAUAUAAAUCAGCAGCUAGGAAAUGGUCAAAAAUUGUCAACUAAUCCAAUAUUAGAUAAGCAUAAAAGUCGAAAUUCAAAAGAUAUUGCCAUUAAAAAACUAUCGAAAAAUUAUGAUUUAUUAAAAAAAAAUUUAAAAACGAAAAAAUAUAAAUUAAAGAAAGAAAUGGCAAUAAAAGCGCUUGAUAUUAUAAAACAGGACUCACAUAAAGAUAAUAAAUACGAAAGUGAAGAACAUAAAACAGAUACUGUUCAGGUAAUAUCACCAAAAGGAGAAACUCAAAAACCCGAUCUUAAAACGAAAACAAAAGAAGAAUUGCGAAUUGAAAGUGUAAGAGAUUUUGUACAUGAUGAUUCUGACAAAGAAGAUAAAUUUAAUAAAAUUAGAGAAGAGUCUUCUAAAAAACUAAAGAUACCAACUAAAAAACAAGUACAAUUGCAGAACAGGACGGAAAGUGACGAAAGUAAUUUUGAAUCUGAUCUAAAAUUAGCCAUAUAUUUGUCUAAACAGCAAUUUGUGAAAGCAAGUGAAAAACAGAAACCCAAUGAUGUCAAAGAUAUUGAAAAUGAGACAAAAGCAGCGAAAGCAAAUAAAAAACAGAAAUCCAAUGAUAUCAAAAAUAUUGAAAAUAAGACAAAAGCAGAGAAAGCAAAUAAAAAACAGAAACCCAAUGAUGUUAAAGAUAUUAAAAAUGAGAUAAAAUCAGAGAAAGCAAAUAAUAAACAGAAACCCAAUGAUGUCAAAGAUAUUGAAAACGAGACAAAAGCUAAGAAAGUAAAUAAAAAACUGUAUUUCAAUGAUGUCAAAGUUAUCGAAAAUAAAAAUAACGAGGGUACUCAACCUGAAAUAAAGCAAAAAUCUGUACCGAUACGAACAAAGUUAGUAUCUUCAACCCUGCCUGAUGAUACAUUUUUCCAGAAUUCUAGUUCGGUGUGCAAUUCGACUGCAGUGGCAAAUAAUAUAGCAACAGAUCGACAAAUUCCAACACAUAUCGAAUCUACGCUUAAUAAUCAAACUCUUUACUCAAGUCAAUCGGAGUGUGAUUGUACAGUUGUAACAUCUACUACAAACGAUUUGCAAAAUUUACAACAAUCCUUAGAUCUGGAUAUUGGUCAGCAGACGAAGAAGGGCAUUAUAAUUUAUACGCCAACAAAGAAAACAUCAGCUCCUGCACAUAGCUUUUCUGAUGGUUGCUUUAAUAUAACUCAAGAUCAUCUAAGUAAUGUUAUUGGAGAACGAAGCGCUAGUAAAUUUCUCAAAUAUUAUUUAGGACCACGUCGUUUCGAUGCAAAUGCAACGGUCUAUUAUAAACCACCGAUGUCUCCUAUAAUGGAUGAAGCCACUGACAGUUCUGCAGAUGAUUUAGAAUAUGUUGGACUAUUUGGAGACCUACAUGUUUCGCUCAGUAAAAAUACUGAAUAAACUAAGAGCGCAGAUGUUAUAUAUAUGUAAUUAUAUUUUUUAAGAACAUAUAUUUACUUU